AUGUCUAGAUACGUUGCUCCUAUUAGAGUGGCUAAGGUGAAGAAGAAUGAGGACACAAUGAGGGAACAAUUUGACAGCCGAAUGUGGACCGACUACUGUCAGAUGCUGGGACUCCCUCCCCUCCCUGCAACUUUAUGUCGCCUUUCUCGAGGAAGCCAUGCACCCCGAGAUAAGCCACCCCCUUUACGUGUGUCCCUAA